ACGGCCAAACCGAAAAAAGCUGGCUCAUUAUUGUGAGUUGUGACACACGGAGAGGGUAGCAUAAGAAGUAUCGCCUCCUUACUUUGGUGUUUGGCUUUUUCCUUCUUUGAACAACAAAACCCCAAUCUCAUUCCUUUGCCUUCCACUCCCUACAACAACCACUCCCUUCUCCUCCUCUUUCAUUUGACGAUCUCCCCGAAGCAUCACACACCCUUUAUUCCAUCGCAUUCUCUUUCUUUUACCAUUGUCUUUCACUUAUUAUUGCUCUCUUUCUCUCCGCCACUUUUCCUGGAUCUUCAGCUUCUCCCUGAUUUUGCUGAUUUGGGGGAUUGAGUUUGGAGGGAAACAUGGCUGCUGCUUCUGCAUCUCUUGCUGGUGCUUCUGCAUCUCUUGCUGGUGCUUCUGCUUCUGCUUCGGAUCUUUUAAGGAGUUCAACCAGCGGUUUCAGUGGUGUUCCUUUGAGAACCUUGGGGAAGGGAAGGUUGGUUUUGAAGAGGAGGGAUUUUACUGUUGGUGCUAAGAUGAGGAAGGUGAAGAAGCAUGAAUAUCCCUGGCCUGCUAACCCUGAUCCCAAUGUGAAAGGUGGGGUGCUGACCCACCUUUCAUAUUUCAAGCCACUCAAUGAGAAGUCAAAGCCUGUCACCUUAGAGUUUGAAAAGCCUCUUCUUGAUCUGCAGAAGAAGAUCAUUGAUGUGCGGAAGAUGGCGAACGAAACUGGGCUGGACUUCAGCGAUCAGAUUCUCUCGUUGGAGUCCAAGUAUCAGCAGGCUUUAAAGGAUUUAUAUACGCAUCUGACUCCUAUACAGCGGGUCAACAUUGCACGGCAUCCUAACAGGCCAACUUUCCUUGAUCACAUCUUUAACAUAACUGAAAAGUUUGUUGAACUCCAUGGUGAUCGGGCAGGUUAUGAUGAUCCUGCUAUUGUUACUGGUUUGGGAACUAUAGAUGGUAGAAAUUAUAUGUUCAUUGGUCACCAAAAGGGUAGAAAUACUAAAGAAAACAUUCAGCGUAACUUUGGGAUGCCAACUCCUCAUGGUUACAGGAAGGCUCUUCGGUUGAUGGAGUAUGCAGAUCAUCAUGGGUUCCCCAUAGUUACUUUCAUUGACACACCUGGGGCUUAUGCUGACGUUAGAUCAGAGGAACUAGGCCAAGGUGAAGCGAUUGCUCAAAAUUUGAGAUCCAUGUUUGGUCUGAAGGUGCCAAUUAUAUCUAUAGUUAUUGGAGAAGGUGGUUCAGGUGGUGCCCUAGCCAUUGGAUGUGCUAAUAAAUUACUCAUGCUUGAAAAUGCUGUUUUCUAUGUUGCCAGUCCAGAGGCAUGUGCAGCAAUCUUAUGGAAGAGCGCUAAAGCUGCUCCGAAGGCUGCUGAGAAACUGAGGAUUACAGCCCCUGAACUGUGCAAAUUACAAAUAGCAGAUGGUAUUAUACCUGAACCACUUGGUGGUGCACAUGCUGAUCCAGAAUGGACCUCUAAACAGAUAAAAAAGACAAUCAAUGAAACCAUGGAUGAGCUCUCCAAGAUGAACACGGAAGACCUAUUAAAACAUCGCAUGCUUAAGUACAGAAAGAUUGGUGGUUUCCAGGAAGGUAUUCCUAUAGAUCCUAAGAGAAAGGUCAAUAUGAAGAAGAGGGAUCUAUCUAUCGCUAAGAUUCCCGAUGCUGAGCUAGAAGUUGAGAUUGAGAAACUGAAACAACAGGUUUCGGAAGUUAAGGAAUCUUCUGUUCCUCCAAAACUAGAUCUGGAUGAGAUGAUGCAGCAACUGGAAAGGGAGGUGGAUCAAGAAUACUCCGAGGCAGUUAAAGGUGCGGGCUUGACAGACAAAUUGUUGAAGUUACGGGAGGAAGUUUCAAAAGCAAAUGCAGAUAAUGAAACUAUUGAUCCAUUACUGAAGGAUGAGGUAGAAAAGCUAAGGGUGGAGUUUGAACAGCGAUUGCAAGCAGCUCCCAAUUAUGGUAGGCUGCAGACUAAGCUUAACCGUUUGAAAGAAUUAUCUAAAGUGAAGCAUUUGUCAGCUACAAAGAAGGAGGCUGCCACAUUGAAGCAAGAGUUGAAGAUGAAAGUUGAUCCUGUCUUGAAUGAUCCUAAAAUAAGGGAAAAGUUUGAAGCAUUAAAGGCUGAAAUUGAAGAUGCUGGUGCAUCCUCACCAAGUGAUUUGGAUGAUGAGUUGAAGAAGAAAAUCGUUGAGUUUAGGAAAGAGGUGGACUCACAGCUGGUUAGUGCUCUGGAGUCAGCAGGCUUUGAAGUCAUUGGAGAACAAGACAGACAAGAGCCAGGCGCAGAAGAACUAAAAGAAGAAAUAGAAAAGCAAAUUGAAAGUUUGGUAAACUCAUCAGAUGAUAUUAAGAGCAUGAUAGCUCAAUUGAAAUCGGAGGUGGCCAAGGCUGGAGAGACUCCUGAUUCAGAUUCAAAGAAUAGAAUUGAUGCUUUGGCGCAAAAAAUUAAGCAGAGCCUUGCAGAGGCUAUUGACUCGUCUAGCUUAAAAGAAGAAAUAGAAAAGAAAAUUCAAAGUUUGGUAAACUCAUCAGAUGAUAUUAAGAGCAUGAUAGCUCAAUUGAAAUGGGAGGUGGCCAAGGCUGGAGAGACUCCUGAUUCAGAUUCAAAGAAUAGAAUUGAUGCUUUGGCGCAAAAAAUUAAGCAGAGCCUUGCAGAGGCUAUUGACUCGUCUAGCUUAAAAGAUCAGUAUGAUAAUCUGGUAUCUAAAGAUGUAAGUUUGAAACAUGAAGAUCCAGCCGAAGACAAUCUCACUGCUGACGAGUUGAGAAUGAAAGUUGGUGCAAACCGCAAUAUUUCUUAAUAAAUGCUGCUCUUGUGGUGCUGGCUGCAACAAGUAAAUGAAUGGAAUAGUGGAAACUGCACCAGUGUGUGAUCUUGCAAGAUUACCAAUAUCAUCAGCUGGUUGUACAUCAUCUAGCAUCAUGGCCUUAUUUCUUAGAAACAAGUUUUGGUAAUUUAAAGGAGAUAAUACCAUGUUAAUGGUGGGUAAUAUUUUUCUAUAAUCUUCCAAUAGAGGACCAGAAGACUGAAUAAAAUUAAAGCAUUUUGUAUUUGUUUAAGUCGGAAUGUUGCAGUUAAAUUUAGAAUGUCUUUUAAUGUUCUUUUUUCUUUCCAUUUUCAUUUUGCUCUUAUAGUCAUUUAAAAUGUUCAAUUUCUCCCAAAAUAGACUUAGCUGAACAUUCUACAAAUUGCAUGGAGUUUGAGUUACCAAUUAAUAAUAUGACGUGGUGCUGCAAUGUA